CCUGAUCCCCCGUCUCCCUCUCUCCACCUUUCCCCUGAAGACACAACCCGGCGUUACGUCAGAAAGUGCAGGGCAAGCAAGACAGCGUCUUAUGAGUUAUUCGUACGCGUUGCUGCCAAACCCGGCUUGGGGCUGCUCACGAGCUCAUUGCAGCCAAUGCCGUUUACAAAGCCGACUCUUUUAAAUCAUCAGCACUAUGUGGUAAGUGAAUUAUUCAUUCACACUGUUUUACUUUGCAGCUGGGAUUUUUUUCUCACAGAUUUCUUCAUAUGACAGGUCCCUGUUGCCGGCACAAUUGCGCAAAAAAAACAACAGUGUAAGCGGUACAAAGAUAAAAGAGUAGUCUGAUUUGCCCUGUAACCUCAAUGAAAAUGCUAUGACAUGAUGAAGCAGCUGAGGUUUUUGACGCACAGAGCUUUUUGCGGCAUUUUUUGUGCUUGAUUAUUUGCUUAUCUCAAAAACAACAUGCCCCACAUUCGAAAUAGGAACCCUAGCCCCAUCCCAGAGGCAACAUGGGACACGGGAUUGAAGGAGAUGAACGAGACCUGGAAAGGAGCUAUAGCCUGUCUCGGGGUGGCCGUCUUCUUUGUAAUGACCAUCGGGAUCAUAUACUGGCAAGUGGUGGACCAGCCCAACAAGAACUGGAUCCUCAGGGGCACUUUUAGCGGACUGAUCUGGGAGAGAAGAACCCACUCGCUGGUCAUACAGACCCUGACGGAGGACAAGACCUAUGUGGAGAUUGACGUCGGAAAUGUGGGGAACCCCGACGUCGAGGUUCCUUUUGUGAGGAACCUAUGCUGGCUGAAUAAAACGGAGUUCUGCUAUACGUGGGACUCGGUGGCGGAGGUGAAGAUCUCGCUGGAGGUGAAUGAAGAGACAGAGACUGAGUGCUACAGUAUGACUUGGGCGCCGGUGCAUUGUCAUGUGGAACUAAAGGACUGCUUCUCCAUGACCAAUGUGUCCUGGUACGGUGGUGCCACUGUCCGGAGUCAGACAUGGCCGAUCAAUGACCAGAACGCCACCAUGCAGCCUUUCAUUGUCAAUGAUCUGAAGGACAAUCCCUCUGGCUUCGGCUCUGCCCUGGAACACUACUUCCUGGGUUCAUCAGGUGUUGCCGUUCUUGUGUCUCCUGAUAUCCCCCUGCAGCUAGGGCUGGAGAGCAGACAGCAGUUCUGCCUGCAGACACUGCCCAGUAUGGAGCGUCUCCCUCUACAGUACACUGUGUGUGUGGCCCACACGGUGAAGGCUGCUCACCAGGAAGCAGCACAGCAACUCUCUCAGCACAGCAGGGAGUUACCCAGCAUGAAAGCGCUGUGGCUGCCGUUCUGGAAGCUGCUCACCAACGUGGAUUCAGGGCCGAAGGUGGAGAGAGAGCUGAGGAUCUUCUCUAAUCGUCUGAGGAGACACCAGCUCGGGGAGGGAGUCAUCAGCCUCAAUGAACAUUCCACCACUCUCCUCUCUGAUAUGGACCAUGACUACCUCAACACAAGAAAAAGGGGGAUGUCCAAGAGACUGACCAGGGACUUCCCACUUGUCAAGCUUCUUAACAUUUCCAUCACCCUGUCCCCUUUCUUUGGCGUGGACACUACACAGUUCCACACCUCCCUCACUGAUGGCACAGAGGCUUACUGGCUCAGUCUCCCGUCAGCCCCUCAGGGACAGCUGAUUCCUGUAAUGAGUCAGUGGAGAGGUCAGUUCUGUGUAAAGCUGAAUAUCACCAACCCAGGAGCAGUGAGCUGGUUCUUGGACAGAGUGGGAUCCCUGCAGGCCCAUUUAGGGAUGGAGUACAUCAUGCUGGAGGGGGGCGAGGGGAAUCUCUUUGAGGAGCAGGCCCUGCGGCCGCCACAGGCUCUGGGUGGAGACAAGUACAUCAGCCUACUGGCUGAUCUGGCCACCAGGAUAGGAGACUCCACCAUCAUGACAGCAGGGACACGGUCAAGCCACAAACCUCUGUUUGUGAGGAUGACAUGCUUACAGUCCAACUGGAGUCCGAUGGGCCUGAAGGGCAUCAUUCCCUCGCUGCUGCACCACACGCUGCUGGGAUACAAUUUCCUCAUUCCUGAUGCAGUGGCUCUCUGUCUGGAGAGUCGGUCACAGAUGAGGAGUUGUUCAUCCGUUGGUUGGAAAUUGCAGCUUUUCUCCCUGUUAUCAGCUUCCACACACCACCCUGGGUCUGCGGAGAGGACCGGGUAUACAAGCAUAAACCAAACACAUAGUUACAAACAGUCAGAGCACAUUAACUACUAUGACACACUUUAACCCUCUUUCUUAAACAUUGUUCCACAGCUGCGUCAACCACAUUAGAUGUAAUUACAAUAGUGACAGCAAAGUGGUUUUCAAGACAAGAUAACAAGAGUUUCACUUGUGAAGAUUUGCGGUGGAGAAAUCAAAUGAAAUCACGCAUGAACGCUUCCAGUGAGAUGUUCUGAAAGGCAGUAAAAACUGCUCCCCAGCAGGAGAGCCAGUCCUCUCUCCUGCCACUCUGCAGGAAAUCUGGAAUGUACUGUUCACCAUGCACAGCAAGAAAACAAAGCGUAUAUCUCAAAGGGUCCAAUGGCAGAUAUCGAUACUUUUGAUAAUGUUGUACCAGAGCUCAGGUUCUGGCACAGAAAAGCAACUUGAUGCUUCUCAAGCCAGUGAAGGCUAGUUUUCCUUUUCCUGCCCUUCCCUUCUUCCCUCAAUCGGAGCGAUUCCUUGGACCUCCUCCCAACAUCACCUGUGGUUAAGAGUCCAUCUGUUCUGAAUUACAGUCCCCCCUCUAGAUUUAUGACUUGCUCUCACUCUCGAGAGCCACUUCAGCAAGAAUGGUAAUGAAUUUGAGGACAAUUAUUGGAAAAAUAUUUUACUGUGGCAAUUAAGAUCUCCAUGAGUAGCCUAACUGACAAGUGUGAGUGGGAGUGAUCAACUGCUUUUGAGAGGACUGAGGCAGUGAAAUAACUUGGUUGACUUGUGUUGCAUGACAAAGGUAAAGAAUAGACCUUUUGGAAAGCUAGACAUUUGACAUCAGCAAUGUUUUCCACGUUGGUCUCUUGCAUGGCCUUCAUCUAAUAAAUUCAGAUUAAGUGAGACUGACAAAAGAUUUUAGAGCAGAAUAGCCUGCUUCAUUACACAUGAUAAAUGGCUCUGUUUUAUGGGCACUUUACUGUACUUUAAAUGUGGCACACAUUUAUUUCCAGAAUGUGUGAGACUUCAGCCAGUCAUAGACGGCAGCGACCGCACUGGAAUAAAAUAGCAGUAAAACCUCAAACCCACACACAUGCCUGGCUUCUCAAUUAGAGAAAUAUCCACUCAUACCCGGGCUGUGACUUCAAGCUCAUUCCUACAAAUGUUCUCAAUCUCAGCACACAAAAAUACAUUUUUUUAAUAGAUGGGGUCAAGUCUUGUUUUUGUCAUGGCAGACUUGGCCCUUCCAAGAAUGCCAGACCCGUUUGGCCAAAGAGAGUCAGGAGAAGGACUUGGACAAUGUUGAAUCCACUAAGUCAAAAAGGAGUUGCUUUUACGUUCUGUCUGCAUGUCUGGGUGCAGAGAUGGCACCAAUGUCUUUAGCAGACCUCAGUAUUAUUCUUGUCCUGAAAUUAUGGACCUUUAUAUAAACAUUGUGUAUUUUAAAUAUAUCUGUGGCAUUUUAUUCACCCAGAGUGGUUUAGAUUUCUCUAAAUCUGUCUUUACUAAUUGGCCAGAUUCCCCUCUGUCCUCUAGCACUGCCUUUCCCAAACCUGGGGUUGCAGACCUGUUUUUAUUGGGUCACCAGUUUACAGAGUAUAAUGCUUAAUAGUGCUACAAUAUGUGAAUUCAUUUGCUGCAUUUCUCUUUUGCGUCUCGAGCUGAAAAAGUCUGGGAACCCAGACUCUAACGUGCUGUUUUGGAAAUCAUUAACAUAAAAUGUAUAUUAUUUAUGAGCACAUACUCCGGUUGGCUGAAGGUGACAAUUUUUCUAACAAAGUGGCUGGAAGGACAAAGUAGCUUUAGCACAUUUUCAUUUAGCUCCCUCACUCUCAUUUUAGCGCUGUGCUGGGGGUGGGCUUAUCCUCUCAUAUCACAAUUUCCCUCUUGGGUAUGACAUUAGAACAAGAUCAGUUUCAACACUACUGGCUCUCAUGGUGGAAGACUGAAAAUUUUAAAUAACAUGAAAACACAGUGGAGAACGAGUUUAGUAAUGUGACUGUAGAGAAGGACCAUCACCUCAAUCCAUCUCAAACCUAUUUUUUCUCCCAUCAUACUACCUCUUUAAUAAAAUACAUAAAUUGUUCACUAUUAAAAUAUAGCGUGAAAAAAUGGCAGACAACCAGUCAAAACCUCUUGAUGAGAUAACUUUUGUAAUGGCAGGAAUAUACAAAUAGAUUUAAGUUGAUAUUUUUCUUGCUAUUGGUGACCCAAAGGUGCUAAACCUAACUCGGACCUACAUAGCAAAACACCAGAAGGAUGUGGUACCACUGAUAGAAAGGUAUGCAGAGGAGUGGCGGAUGACGGG